AUGUCAAAUAAUCAACAAUAUGAUACCAAAUGUUUAGUUCAUCCCCACCAAGAUAUUAUUUUAAUAUGCUCAACUUGUCCAAACAACAUUCCUGUAUGUACUGAUUGUAUUACUGGUAUUCACAUUGGUCAUAUAUUUAUAAGUAUUGAAGAUGGUAAUAUAAGAGAUCAUAGACAACAAGAAUUUAAAAAUCAAACAAUACCAAAACUAAACAACUAUUUAGAAAAUAAUAAAUUAAUAUCGGGUGAAUCAAACAGACAUUUUAAACAAAUUCAUGAAAACCAUACAAUUAAUUACCUAUCAGAAUAUAAAGAUACUCAAUUGAUAAUUAAAGAAAAUCUCGACUCAAUCAAAGAUCUAACUUACAAUUAUUUAGAAGUACUUGAUAAUAUUCCUUUUUUAAAAAAAGAUUUAAAAACUCUAGAAUUUUAUAAUUUAGAAUUUUCAAUUUAUGAAGACGGGUGUGAUGUUAGUAAUAUAAAAAUCAGAUACCUUGCUAUUGGAACAGUCAAACAUUUACCCGAAACUAUUCCAACAACAGUUACACAUUUAUUAUUACUAGAUGGCUUUAAUCAACCACUUAAUUUUAUACCACCCACCGUAGAAUGUUUGUAUUUACAUAAUAUCAAGUAUCAGUUAAUACCUGAUUCAAUUCCUGCAACAGUUACAGAAUUAUAUUUACUAGAUGGCUUUAAUCAAUCACUUAAUUUUAUACCACCCACCGUAGAAUCAUUGCAUCUAGAAAACAUCAAGUAUCAACUAAAACCUUAUUCAAUUCCUGCAACAAUUACAGAAUUAUCUUUACUAGAUGGAUUUGAUCAAUCACUUAAUUUUAUACCACCCACCGUAAGUUUUUUGUCUUUGCAUAACAUCAAGUAUCAAUUAAUACCAAGUUCAAUUCCUACUACAGUUACACAUUUAAUUUUACAAGAUGGCUUUAAUCAACCACUUAAUUUUAUACCACCUACAGUAGUAUGUUUGUAUUUACAUAACAUCAAGUAUCAAUUAAUACCUGGUUCAAUUCCUACUACAGUUAUACAUUUAAUUUUACAAGAUGGCUUUAAUCAACCUCUUAGUUUUAUACCACCCACUGUAGUAUGUUUGUAUUUACAUAACAUCAAGUAUCAAUUAAAACCUGGUUCAAUUCCAACAACAAUUAAACAAUUAUAUUUAGAAGAUGGCUUUGAUCAACCACUUAAUUUUAUACAACCCAAGGUAAGAUUUUUGUCUUUAGAUAACAUCAAGUAUCAAUUAAAACCAAGUUCAAUUCCUACUACAGUUACACAUUUAAUGUUACAAGAUGGCUUUAAUCAACCACUUAAUUUUAUACCACCUACAGUAGUAUGUUUGUAUUUAAAUAACAUCAGGUAUCAAUUAUUACCUUUUUCAAUUCCAUCAACAGUUAUACAUUUAAUUUUAGAAGAAAACUUUGAUCAAUCACUUAAAUUUAUACCACCUACCGUAAAAUGUUUGUUUUUAUAUAACAUCAAGUAUCAAUUAAUACCUGGUUCUAUUCCAAAUCAUUUAAAAAGCCUUGGAUUUGAUAAUGGUUUCUCUCAACAUUUAACAAAAGGUAUUAUCCCUGACUCUAUAAAAUUAAUUGUAAUUGGUGAUGUAGUCUAUCCUUUAAAACCAGACUCCAUUUCAAACCCCGACCAAACAAUAUAUAUAACACACAGAUACAAAUAUCCAAAAAUAAAAACGUUCAAGUAUCUAUGUUAA